AUGCAGGUGGGGCAAAGUCUGACUCGUCUUGUCAGCUUGAAGGGAACUGAGACGCCUCUUCAUCAUGAAAUCUUUCUUUCUACCGCUCUUCUUUCUGCUCUGGGUGUCUCUCGGGUCUUCGGCCGUCAUCACAGGGGCAUGUGAGAAGGACUCCCAGUGUGGAGGAGGAAUGUGCUGCGCUGUGAGUUUGUGGUUUCACAGCCUGCGAAUGUGUACGCUGAUGGGAACGGAAGGAGAUGACUGUCACCCCAUGAGCCACGAUGUUCCUUUCAUUGGCAAAAGACUUCAUCACACUUGCCCGUGUCUACCCAACCUGUCGUGCAUCACUCUGGACAAGGGACAAUUCAAAUGUCUCCCGUCAUAUCAAAAAGAUCAGGACUACAUCUGACGGGCAAUGAUUGCAAAGGAUUUGCCGCUGUUCAUGUAUUCCUUCAAAUAUCAAAAACAAUGAGCGAUAUAUAUUUGAUACGGCGGCAAUGUCUACCUCACACAAAUCUCCACUCCGGCUGAAUAUCCAAAUGUUUUGUUCCAGUGUUUUAUAUGAAGGAAUUAGGAAGUGUGUUGUGAUUUAGCCUUGAUUUACAUGGCAGAUUACGUAAUUCCAAAUUAUUCCCUUUGAUUGAUUUAAUUUAUUUUGUCCAUUUGCAUGAACGAGAGGCAUAUUUCCAAUAUGAGUUAAUAAAAAUGCUUGAAAUACCUAGGGAAAAAAAAUAAUAUACGCAGAUUAAAAAAAAAAGAAUAAAGGAAAAAAAGAAUUGUAUUUUGAUCCCAA